GAAGUAAAUUAUUAUGAUAGAAAGAAUUGUUCACCUUGGACGUGUACACGGCGAAUGAAACGAGGUUAAGAUUAUGAGGCCCUGAUCGAAUUUAGUUGGUACAAGGAAUUUUGGGGAGACACUCAUGAGGCGUCUGAAAACUGCUCGCAUCAUUAUGAUUCUAAUUCCCCAUUAUUGGACACAAGCAUCUUCCUCCUCUCUAAACCUUCUUUUCUCUAUCCUCCUCGCUUCAAUUAUUUUCAAAGUAUUAUUCUCUUACAUUAUAUUACAACAUCCCUCCUACAAAUUCUUCCUUCUCACUACUACUUGCACCACCACCCAUCUCUACUUUGUGUCUUUAAAUCACUUCCCUUUGUUAAUGCAGUCUUUGUAGCCAGACACCAUGCUCUUGAAGGGAGUGGAAAACAAAAGCACGAAAGAACUGUGUUGUGCUAACUGAUUUGGCUACUAGAGAGGCCCUGGAUUACUUAGAGUGCAACUUCGACUUAGUUAAAGAACCCGAUUGAACAAAAAACUCCCCGAUAACUUGCGAAGUUUUUCACUCUUUCCUUGUUUGCCUAGGAGAAUGAAUGGGAAGAAAGGGCGCAUAGAGAUAGAUGUGUUUGCCGCAAAUAUCAGACCUCCUGAGUGCGGCAAGAGUUCCGGCAGCGGUGGCCGGAAUUUAGCAAAGAGGGUGUGGGAAUUUUGCAAAGAUGAUCCGGGCAGGGUGACAUUCUCUUUCAAAGUGGGGCUUGCGGUUCUACUUGUGUCGUUGCUCAUACUUUUCCGGGCAUCUUAUGAGGUGUUUGGGACCAACAUAGUGUGGGCCAUACUUACGGUUGCCAUCAUGUUCGAAUACACUGUUGGUGCUACAUUCAACAGAGGGUUCAACCGAGCGCUGGGCAGCCUACUCGCCGGAAUCCUCGCCAUCGCCGUGGGUCAGGUUGCGAUACGUACAGGGCACAUUGCUGAACCAGUCAUAAUAGGCUUCACAAUCUUCAUCAUCGGUGCCCUCACCUCUUUCAUCAAGCAAUGGCCUUCUCUUACCCCUUAUGAGCACGGUUUCAGAGUCAUUCUCUUCACCUACUGCCUCAUCAUAAUCUCUGGAUAUCGAAUGGGGCACCCCAUCGGAACCGCUUUGAAUCGAUUGUAUGCUAUAGCGAUCGGGGGAGCCGUCACUUUGGUGGUAAAUGUUAGCAUUUUCCCCAUAUGGGCUGGUGAACAGCUUCACAAAGAGCUUGUCAAGAGCUUCGAAACAGUCGCCGAUUCGCUACAAGAAUGUGUGGGGAGGUAUUUGGAUGAGGAUGGACAGGAGAAUUCGGAGUUUUCGAAGAAGGUGAUGGAUGAGUUUCCUGAUGAGCCUGCUUUCAAGCGGUGUCGAUUGACACUCAACUCAUCCGCAAAGCUCGACUCUCUGGCAAAUUCGGCCAAAUGGGAGCCACCACAUGGAAAUUUCAGGCACUUUUUCUAUCCGUGGUCGGAAUAUGUGAAAGUUGGCGCCGUUCUCCGCCACUGUGCCUAUGAAGUGAUGGCCCUCCAUGGCUGCCUCCACUCUGAGAUUCAGGCACCCCAUAACCUUCGCAGCGCAUUUGAGCCGGAAAUCAGGGAAGCAGGCAACGAUGCAGCUGAGCUAGUAAGAAGCCUAGGCAAGGACAUAAGCAACAUGACGCGUAGCCAACCCGCCUCUCUCCUUAAGAAGGUCCACAACUCCACUGAACGACUGCAACGCAGUAUCUACAUGCACUCCUACCUCCUCACCUCACCUUCUGAGCCUCUGAAUGCCGACACGAAACCCUCAUUGAAGCCUCAACUUUCAUCCUCCAACUCCGAUCUCUCAAAGAGGUUGGCCGAGUACGAAGGCAUGAAGAAGUUUAGUGAGUCUGAAGGUACAACUGAGUCGUACCAUGAGACCAUGAAGAAGCAACAGAGGAGGUUGCAUUCGUGGCCCUCAUGCGACAUUGGUGGGUUUGAGGAGGAGGCUGUCGGAGUCGACCUUCCGACAAAGUUGACUGCGCUCGAGAGCACAACUGCCCUCUCACUGGCCACCUUCGCAUCGUUGCUCAUUGAGUUCGUGGCUAGGCUCGAUCACUUGGUGGAGGCUGUGGAUGAGCUUGCAAACCUUGCAAGGUUUGCAUAGAGACAGGAAACCAGGCAAGAUUUGCAUAGGAACAGCUAGAACUAGAAGAUAUAUCCUAUCUAUAAGUAUGUGAUAUGAGAAUGGUCCUUAAAGUGACCAUUUCUAUAUAAAUGCAGAAAACCUGAAAGGUCCUCUAAUUGAUUUAUGAGAAAUGUAGAAAUAUCAUGGGGCAAUUCGUACCCUAAUAUGAAUGGAAAUGGAUCUUAUAAAUAGUUAAGAAAGACAGGAAAUGUAUAAAUAGAUAAGAAAAGAACUACUGUGAAAAUAACAUAAACACAUUAUCCAACUUUAUUUCUGAAGGAAACUGCAGCUGCAAUUUCUGGCUAGGUUUUGAGGUGGAGUUCUACUCUUUAUCAUAAAGCCUAGGCCUUAAUUUUGUGGAUGUGUAUGGCCUCUCAAGGUCUCUGAUUACCCUUUCAUGUUAAUCUUAUAGGGUAGAUUUUGACUCUAACUGAGAGCAUAGCAUCUGAACGGUACCCUUUUUGGGUAUCUCACCAGGCUAGGCAGUUUGGAGCUCUAGAGUGUAAGAACUCUGAGUCACA